AUGCAGCGAUCAUUGAGCAUAUUUCGUGGUUCUCGUGGACUCUUAGGCUUAACUCGCACUUUGGUGCGCUUCCAAAGCUCAGCGGAAUUAAUGGAUCCAUGCUGUGAUCCACACAAUCCAAAGACGCUCACAUUCCAGCAAAUCUCGAUAGCACAGCAUCAGCUUAAGAUAAGAUGUCAGGUGUAUAUAAAAAUGGAAGAUACGGGCAGCUUCAAGGAAAGAGGUGGACGGUUUGCAUUGAUGAAUCUCACGGAUGAAGAGAAAAAGAAUGGAGUAUUUGCUGCUUCAGCCGGAAAUCAUGCGCAAGCGCUUGCUAUUCACGGCAAACGGCUAGGAAUAAAAGUUACAGUCGUAAUGCCAAAGCAUGCGCCAUUGAUGAAAAUCAACAAGUGCAAGGAACUUGGAGCGAAUGUUAUCGUAGAAGGCAAAGAUCUGAGCGUCGCGAAAAAGCUCGCUAUGAAUCUCGCACAAAAAGAGGGAGGCAAAUACAUUAAUGGAUACGAUCACAUUGACGUGCUUGCUGGCGCUGGAACUAUAGCAGUCGAAAUCCUUGAAAAGGUUCCCGACAUCGAUGCAAUACUUACACCUUGUGGUGGAGGAGGAUUAUUAGCUGGCUGCUGUGUGGCUGCUCAGGCUUUGUCUCCAAAAGCGAAAAUAAUUGGAUUAGUGCCAGAAAACUGCGUGUCAAUGAUUAAGUCACUGGAGGCAGGAAAGGUUACAACUGUCAAAACCAAUCCAACCUUAGCCGACGGAUUAGCUGUGCCAACAGUUGGCUACAACUCGUUUCACAAUAUAAAAGAUCUUGUACACAAAGUCAUCGCGGUAAAAGAGACGGACAUUGCUGUUGGAAUUUUGCGGCUUCUUGAGACUGAGAAGGUAGUAACAGAGGGAGCUGGAGCAAUAGGAGUGUCCGCUCUCUUGGCAGGAUGUUUACCUGAACUUGCUGGAAAGAAAGUAGCGUGUAUACUUAGUGGUGGAAAUAUCGAUUCUACAAUGAUUGGGAGAUGCAUUGAGAAAGGUUUGGCUGUGGAUAAUCGCUUGAUUCGCGUUGAAGCACUCAUUUCUGAUCGUCCUGGUGCCGUUGCUGAAUUAGCGAAGAUAGUUGCCGACACCGGCUCUAAGAUAAAGGCAAUGGCAAUGGAAAGGGCGUUCCAUCACAGUGAAGCUUUCAACACGCAGUGCAGGGUAAUAGCAGAGACAAGAGGUAUUCAUCAUGCGUUGGAGUUGAACAACACUUUGAAGAAAAGGUACGGCACGGACUGCAACUUCUUCACUAUUCGUGGGCCAUUGACGUGA